AUGCACUAUAGAAAAGAGCGCGAGCAGCAGUGGUGGGAGCAGCCACCAACAAUGGUGAAGGGAUCCGACAGGACGAACGCAGUAGAGGACAACACGAGAAGAAGCAACAACAGUGUUCGAAGGGAUGGGGAUAAUAGGGGAGGCGACAACCAAGGAAAAAGUACUAUGAUGUGCAUAUAUUGUGAGAAACCUGUUAGGGGAGGUGGGAUUAAUCGAUUUAAGUAUCACUUAGCUGAAAAAGGAGAUGUUGAAAAGUGCAAAAAGGUUCCACCUGCUGUUGCUCAUCAAUUUGGGCAAAAUAUUGAAGAAUUUAUGAAUAAGAAAAGGAAAACUCAAGAAAAUUAUGCAAAAAGUUAUGAACAUGUGAUGAGGUUGAAAGAGAAUUUGAUAGAAUGGAAGAGCUUGAAGCACGACAGCAACAACAACAACAACAACAACAACAACAACAUUCAAGAACAAGUUAAUUCAGUAUAUUACCAACCAGUGAUUGAUGCUAUUACCAACAUGGGUGCAGGAUAUAAAGGUCCAAACUUUGGUAGAGUUCGUGGGUAUUUGUUGAGUAAGUUGGUGGAAGAUAUGAAAAAGAUAAUUGAAUGGUAUCAUGAAAUUUGGAAGCAAACUGGAUGUACUAUCAUGGCUGAUGGAUGGACUGAUCGUUGUAGGCACACUUUAAUUAACUUCUUGGUUUAUUGUCCUAAAGGAACUAUCUUCCUAAAGUCUGUUGAUGCUUCUCAUGCCUCCAAGACUACUGAUUUAUUGUUUGAGCUUUUUAAGGAUGUUGUCAACUUUGUCGGUCCUGAAAAUGUUGUUCAUAUAGUGACAGAUAAUGCUGCAAAUUAUGUUGCUGCUGGAAGGUUGUUGGAAGCUGAAUUUCCUAAGUUAUAUUAG